AUGACCGGACUUGAUGUGUCAGUGCGCCAGGCGAUCCGCUUGAACGAUGUGGCAUUAGUCCGACGACUUCUACAACAUCAUCCCCGAUACCUCCACAAUCCUGACUUUGCGGACAAGAGCAACACAUCGUUGCACCUUGCUGCUCAAUAUGGCUUUGAAGAAGUUGCAGAACUCUUGAUCUCGCUGGGUCAUGACAGUACUCAUCCCGUACUAGACUGGAUUUACAGUAACAAUGGAAACAACCUAGGAAUAUCGGUAAACACGGAUGGGCAGACACCUCUACAUCUGGCCGCCACCUACUCCCAGGCCGCAGUUGUCGAGCUUCUCUGCCAGCACUUCCCUCAAACCGUGAUGCGCCGUGACUACAAAGGACAGACCCCUCUUCACCUCGCGUCUUCCUCCCAGAGCUUGCCUAGGCUCUUCGAGAGCCAGAUCUCGAAGCCAACAGGCCACUCACCCGAGGACAACGGUACUAUCGACGCGCUCAUCGCACACGGAGCGGACGUGACCGCGCAGGAUAAUCAAGGGAACACAUGCUUGCACAAUGCAAGUGCUUGGGGAAAUCUCAAGGCUGUCCGGGCUCUGAUCCAAGCCGGCGCAGAUCCAUUGCGUAAGAAUAAGGCUGGGUGGACGCCCGAGUACUACAGUAUAACGGUGCAGGCAGAGGUAUACUACCGCAACCUCGUUGCCGAAUGGGAAAAGAGAAAGGCCGAAGAUGAGAUUCGUACAAAUGAGAGACGAGCUAAGGGAGGUGGUGCCGUGCGACUUGUUCCCCAAGACAACGACAGCGAAGAAGACACUUCAGACCUGGGAAGGGGCCGAGCGAGCAGCGCGAGAUCCCAGGGAACAAGCGCAAGUGAUACGGGCUUGGGUAUCAGUGUAGGCUACGUGGACGCUUGGAAGUGA